AUGCACCUAAAUGAUGUCAAUCAACAACGAAUUAUCCACCAACAUACAAAAUACAAAGCCUCCUUCGACGACUUCCCUCGAAGAAAAGGACAGAACGCAAACCGCAUCGACCCCAGCGACUUCAUCCACGUCGAUGGCCUCCGCCUCAAAGACUCCUCGGGCCUCCACUACAUCACAGGCCUCAACUACUGGGCCUGCAUGAACCUAGCCGCCGAUGCCUCUCAAGGCGGCAACUACACACGACUCGUCACCGAGCUGGAUCAAAUGGCCGCCAAAGGGGUCAAUCACCUGCGCAUAAUGGCUGCAUCAGAAGGCGCCCCUACACCUCAACCCUUCCGCAUGAAUCCUCCACUACUGGAAGCACCGGGGCAAUACAACGAGAAGGUAUUUGUGGGGCUAGACAUCUGCUUGGAUGAAAUGUCCAAACGCGGUAUGCGAGCGACUAUGACGCUCGGAAAUGAAUGGCAGUGGUCUGGAGGGUUCGCGCAGUUUGUGUCUUGGGCGCAUAAUAACACAAGGAUUCCUUAUCCAUCAUCAUGGAAUAUGAGCGCGCCGCCUCAGCGCAAGGAACCACGGACGGGUUGGGGAAGCUAUACAGUGCAGGGCAUUGACGCCGCGCCAUAUACCGAGUUCACGGACUUCGCGAACCGGAUAUACAGUGACAGCCAAGCGGAGCAAUGGUAUAAAGACCAUAUCAAGACCGUGAUGUCGCGAAGGAACACAAUCAACGGGCGGUUGUACACAGAAGAUGCGACAAUCAUGACGUGGCAGCUUGCGAACGAGCCACAGGCCGAGAAGGCACUCGGUUACGAGGGCCCUUUCAAUAUAUAUCUGAAAUCGAACCCGGAUGACUUGCUGUUCCCUUGGGUUGAACGCAUUUCAAAGUAUAUCCGGGCAUUAGCUCCGAAACAGCUCAUCAGCGUUGGAUUGGAGAGCAAGCAGGGAGAGUAUUACUUCAAGAGGGUGCACAAUCUGUCCACUGUGGACUACGCCACUACCCAUUGUUGGGUGCAGAAUUGGGGCAUCUACGAUAUGUAUGAUCCCAGCGAGGCGAACCUCAAACAAGCGCAGGAUUUCGCCGUGGCCUUUGUCAAGGAUUCGAGCCGGUGGGCGUUGGAUAUUGGCAAGCCGGUGUUUUUGGAAGAGUUUGGGAUGGCGAGGGAUAAUUGGGAGAAUAUGGACAAGGAGUAUCCUUAUUUGAGCUCUGCGAAGACGACUCAUAAGGACGCCUAUUUUAAGAGCAUCAUUGGCGCAGUGAUGGAUAGCUUCAAAAGUGGUGGCGCAUAUGUGGGCAGCUGUCCAUGGGCCUAUGGUGGAAUCUGGAGACCGGAGACACAAUAUGUCAAUGACUUUGGCAUGGUGUGGGCUGGGGAUCCCCCGCACGAGUCUCCUGGUUGGUACGAUUUGUAUGACACGGAUGAGGCGAUGAAUAUCGUGGCGCAACAACAGAAGGAUAUCGUGAAGUGGAUCGAAGAGAAUGAUAGUUGA